AUGCCUAGCAUUACCAAGACCGUCUUCCUUUCCCUCGCGGCCGCUUCCAUCGUCGCCUCGGCCCCUCUCUCGCCUCGCAGCCCCGGCUUGGCCGUGGAGGGCGAGGUCGCCGCCGUCGAAGCCCGCUCGGUCCCCGUCGAGGCAGGUAGCGCCCACCAGAAUGCCAAGCGCAUCUUGGGCCUGGGUCACCUGGCCGACGGCAUCAACAAGGUGAACGAUAAGGGCGAGAAAGCACAGGACGCGAUAAAAGACGGAGCCGAAAAGGCCGGUGAUGCCGUCGUCGGAGGUGUCAAGGCCGUCGGCAACGGGGCCAAGGCGGUUGGACACGAGAUCGGAGCCGAGGUCAGCAACGCCGGCUCGGCCAUCAAGACCGGUGCCUCGGCGUUCGUCGAUGGAUCACCUGCCAUCCAAGCGGGCAAGGAGGCCGGCAAAGACGCAAAGGACGCGGCGCUCCGUGGCGUGGCGGGUGCUGCGAACGCGGUGGGAGGAGCGGCCAACUCCAUCGCCGACAAGGCCACUGAUGCGGCUCAGUAA